AUGGCCAAAGGGAAGCGGUUCAACCCGCCUUUGGACAAGGUUGGAACAUGGUUCCCUCACAUUGGACUUGUGCAGAAGACGCCGGAAUCCAUCACAAGCACUACCCUGAAGGAAAUCCACUGCCCAUACUUGUCUCAGCAGGUGGAGAGGAAGCUGCCGCCAAUAUACAAAAUCCGAGAGAAACAAGCAGCAAACAAAUGCUUCCCCUUCUCUGUGCAUGACAAUCGCCACAGUUUUGAGAACUCUGGAUACUAUUUUGACUCUGGCCUAGGACGCAAGAAGAUCUCCCCAGAAAAAAGGCAACACCUUUCUAGAAAUUUCAAUCUCUGGGCCUGUGACUUCAUCCCAUCCCAUUUCGAUGGCCUUUCAAAUAACCAGACGUCAUAUGUACAUAAGGAAGCUGUGGUAAUCUCAACUUUCCGACGCUUCCCUAGAUGUUAUGAUGAAAAAUGGAGUGCCUUCAAGUUUAUUCCCAAACAAAGUUUUGCAGAGUUUUUGAGAAACCAACCAAAUAAGGAGGUUUCUUAUGACACAAAGGCUGUCUCUCCACAGGAGCCCUAAUCCUUCCAGAAG